AUGAAGAGCUCCUUCCAUCACAAGAUCCAAGCAGACCUUCAGAUGGAGCUCUUCGAUGCCUGUCAUGUCAUUUGUGUCAUCGUCAUCGUCAUCUCCUGGGACCACUCCUUUGCUCCCAAACCGAGCGUUCAGAAGACGUUCUUCUUCCGGUUUAACACCGAGGACAAGCUUUUGGGCUCGAUCGGCAACAUGGCCAGGAGAUCCCAGGAUGGCGGCGUUACCAGUCAACGACUGGACGGUCGACGGUGGGUUGGGGUUUCGAUGGACAGCCAAGCCACGGACCGAUCCAGUCCAAGUGUCCGCGAGUUCGGCCGUCCGGACGUCCGGAGUGUCUCUGAACAACUCGUUCGGCAGGUCCAUGAUAGCGUUCCCGUUUCUCAAGAUGAGGAUAAGGACAACAAGGUCGUUGCUACCUGGGGCGUUCCUCGUAGCUUUGGCGGCAAGACCUACCAGGCGGCGAACGGCUUUCGUCCGCACUUCGAACUGCUGGAGAUGAUCGGCGCGGUGGAGUUCGACGCCGGCAACGAGGUUGCCGGGCAUCGCGGCUACUUUUUGACGGGGCCGGGGGUGCUGCUGAACCAGGCACUGAUCAAUUAUGGCAUUGCCUUCCUCUCACAGCGUGGCUACACUCCAUUGCAGCCUCCGUUCUUCAUGAAGAAGGACCUGAUGGCGCGAACCGCUGAGUUGGCUGACUACGAUGAUGUCCUCUACAAGGUCAUCGAAGACAAGGAGCAUCCCGAGUUGGACAAGUACCUCAUUGCCACCUCGGAGCAGCCAAUCUCUGCUUUCCACAGGGGGCAGAAUAUUGACAAGACGCGCUUCCCGCUGCGCUACGUGGGCCUUUCGUCGUGCUUUCGACGUGAAGCAGGCAGCAGCGGUCGAGAUAUUCGCGGCAUUUUUCGAGUGCACCAGUUUGAGAAGAUUGAGCAGUUUGUCCUAAGCGAUCCGGAGAAGCGCUGUGCUCAGAGGACAUUUGCCUCGUCGGCGCCGGUAAGCGCCGGUAAGUCCUGGGAUGAGCAUGAGUCGAUGAUCGCCAUGGCUCAGGAGAUCGCCAUGGGACGCCAAAACGAGCGGUGGCAGCUUCGGUCGCUGCGACUAGCGGUGGCAGGCCCAGUUUUAGGCACAGGCGCAGGCGCCGCCAUGCCACAGCAGUGUAGGUUGCCACAGGGCCUCUCCGAAUGCCACAGCUGCAUCACCUCAUCGGCGGAGGAACUCAUCGGCACAGCGUCGCUCCGCGAGGCUGGCGCCUCAUCGGCAGAGCCCAAUCGUGGCGUUCUGGGCUUGGAACAAGCACGCAUCAGAGAAGUGGAUCCUCAAGAUCCUGACAUUUAUGUGGACGCACUGUUCGCGCCUUUGUACUAUAGAGGAGAGCGAAUUAUCCACCAGCGUGAUCACACUGGGCCAUUGCUCCAGGAUUACAUUUUGGUGGGUAUCUUCUUGGUGGUGAACGCUGCCUUGCAACUUCUCAUCAGCGUCCAGAUUCAUGUGACCGGGUAUCAAACCUAUGGAGAGAUCGGUGAUGACUUGAUGGAUGGCACCUGUUGGAGAGUCUCACAGCAUCAGGAGUAUGUGGGGCUGCUCUAUCCACCUCACCUUGUCUCCAAUCACUCCAAUGCUUUUGACUUUGACUGCCUCCAGCAAAGAAUAACCCUUUCACUCUUUCCAGAGAAGUUGGACCUGAACAAGGACGGCUUUUGGUCGACGCAUGAGUGUGCCGAAACCGAAACCCAACUCGCCCUGCUGGGUAGCAAGGCAGCGACGAAUAUGACACAAGGCUUGCGCGAGAUGGUGAAGUAUGACAAGAAACAUCGACCGGGUUCCAGGAGCUUCAUAGCAGGCGCUUCAGCCCAUGUGGACAUGGACUUCUUUGAGCAUUAUCGAAAUGAGAUCCGAACGUGCGUGAUCACUGACAAGAAUCUCUGUGGCAACAUGGAAGCUGAGGGAAAACUUUCGACGAUGCUGCCGGGCUACAACAACGAAGAAGAACGAGUCCUUGCGUGCCAGGAGACUUACGAUUCCUUCUGCCUGAAGGUCUUUGGAACCGACUACAAGCUUGCGAAUGACCAACGCGCCGGUCUUUGUGGUAAGCCCUCCUUCACUCGCGUUCGCUUCGGGGUGAUCCAGGUCGAAUACAGCGCGGUGGCAACCUAUAUGGGUGACGACGAAUCCAUCCUGAGCAUCGCAUUCGAGUCCUUAUUGGUUUUGCUGCUGUCGAUUUGGGUAAUGAUAAUGAUCAAAGAGGCGCGCAGUAUCUGCAACCUUGCGUUGGUGAUUUGGUUCAUGCCAUUCACGGACGACCAAGACCCGACGUUUACCUCCUAUGAUGCAGAAGCACACCGCUUCAAGAUCAAGAAACUGCCGAUUGGACACAAGUACUUUGCGCUGCUGGGCAUUUGUCUCCCCAGGUCGUUGAUUGCUGUCGUGGUCCUCUAUGUAGGUUUGGUCUUCUUGACGAUCACCAGCAACUUACAGGACCUGAUCCUGAACAGUACCGCCUUGGGUUUUCUCAUUGAGGUGGACAACAUGAUCCAUUUCGCGAUGCUGGGACAUUCCUUCCAGCGACAUGUCAUGGAUCGUUGCGAUGUGCUUACUGCAGAUGUGGGCAGCGACAUGUGCACGCGACGGGGGCCCUAUGUUUUCUUGUUCUUGACCAUCUUGUUUGCUUUCGUCUACGCGAUGUACGCCUACAGGAAUAGCAGAGGCUUGCUGUCCAUUGGUGAAGGGAUGCAGUGCCUUUGCCACCUUGAUGGUAAUUGUUACGCGAAGCUUUUGUUGCCUGGCACCAACGUGAGCUGGUGACUCUUCAGCUGGAGACGGAUUGAGUUGUCAAUGCGCUGCGCUCUGCCUGCAAUUUUGACUACUUGGCAGAGCGCUCGCGAAUUCACCCGUUGCUUCAUCUAACGGUUCAGCCAAUGUAUUUCUUUUUGUAAAGUUGCCGCCGUUUUGCAUACGGUGCUGCUAUUCUCUACGGCGCUUGUCAUUGUGCAGAUCAUUUGCAGUGUAGAGCGACACAAGUUUGCUAAGUCCGCGAAGAGUGCCGUGCUUUUGACGGUCCCUACUUGGAGGCCAUCUCAGGAAGGUCUUGGCAUGCCAAGUUUGCCACUC